GAUAGCUUGCGAACAAGCCAACAUUUGUUCGAGGAAGUUUCGAUUUAUCGCACCAGAGGUUUGGCUUCAGCUUCAUAGCUCUAGCACCGAUAGCGACCUGAAAAUUAGGUGCUGGUGCUACUUCCGGAGCAGCACGUACUGACACGUGCAGAUGUGGAGCAUUUUUCCAGGCGUUCUUCAAAUGACUGUCAGGACAGAAAAUGUGGUUAAACUUAUGCUUUCACACUGUUAUCUCUGCAGGCUACUAACUGUUUAUGGUUUUUGGUCCCAUUUUCACAAUUAUAUGACACAAAGAUUGUAUUAUUUUUGAUAAAAAGUUUUGUCAAAAAUAACUGCAACUACAUUUGCUACUAUUUGUCAACUAACUUUUUCUAUCAUCUCAUCAACAGUUUGCGCAUACAACUCGGGCAAAUCGCACCAAAUCGCACCACUACCCGGUCGUAAAUACUACUCUGCACUACUCUGCAAAUGAACUCUACACCGACCAGCACCUAUAGUAAAAGCUUCCACUACCAGCAGUAUAGUACCAUCCAGAACCAUCGGAACCAAAUUAUCAUCGGCAGCAGCACUGGCACCACUCCCUCCUGUAACAUAAGCAAACAUCCUGUGAUUAUCAAACGACAUAAAAUUUACCGAUCAGCACUUACGAUGAAAACUUGCAGCACUGUUACGUCCCAGGCAUCUUGCACUGCUAUACCAUCAGGCAACCAUCCAGCCAACCAUCUAGUUUCUGCAGCACCACACUCUUCUGUAGAGGAAGAUAUGAACAAUCCAGCUAUUUUAAAACCCGGAAAACUCUACAGACCAAAGCUUAUCAUCAGUAAUACUUCCCUGAUUACUUCAGCAAAGGUCGCGCCCCCGGCAUCAUGCAGUACACCACUUUCCACCACCGCUACAGCAACACCUGAUCCAAUCCCAGUGAGUGCAAAAGUUAACAGCAAGGUUCUGGAUGGAAUAUCGAGAAUCGAAGGAAUGUCCGGAGUGAUGAUGAAGUCGAUGUCGCUUUUAUGGCCUGAGCUAAGUUAUUGCACUGACCAUAAAAGGAAAUCUGUGAAUACAAAGGAGCAGCAAAUAUCAAUACACACAUCAUCAGUUGAAAUUCCAAUUAUUGCAUCCGCAGAUCAACUAAAACGGUUUAAUGAGCAGCUGCAGGAAGAACCAUAUUUUCACCAACUUUCUGAUACCCAAAGUGCCGGAAAGAAGUUAGCAAAGAAUCUCAUGCAUGACGCUUUCGUCAAACUUUUUAAGAGAGAAUUAGUAGUGCAAUGCAGCUGGCGAGGGCAAGCUAAACAAGGAACAAAGGUCAGGAUCGAUGAAAACACUCAUCUUUUGCGACUGUGUAGAGAUUGGCGAAGACGCCGGAUUCAAGGUUGCGAGCGAAGAUGUCGAAAGGUUUUUUUUAAAACUAAGUUAUAUAACGCGAAAAGUUGCGUAAAUAUCAACAAGGGGGUGAUUAAAAGCUUAAAAAAAAUUAGUCACAUACGUGUAAACAAAGUUCCUGAAUGAAUUAUUUAUUGUUUUGUCAUUGUUAUCGUUACAUUGAAUUGUUGGUUUUUUGUUCGGUUUACAAAACCUGAACCUGAACCUGAAACAAGGAGUUAAUUGAUACUACUUUAUAUUAGUCAUGUUAUGUAUUAUAAAUUACUGUAUAAAUAUAAUUUUACAUGCAAUUUAAUGAAUGGAAGUUGAUACCAAAUUUAAUUUCUAGCUAAACUGUGUUACAAAUCAAAAGGGAAAUUAAAAUAGAAUAACUACGUGAAAGCAAUAGCUUUUUAGUGUAACAUUUAGUUUCACUUACCUCAAAUACUAUCGUUUUUUAUCGAGGAACGAACCUUCAUAGUGACACACCUUCCAGAAGGGAAGGCCAGCUUUGCUGGAAGCACCACACUACCAGCUACCUAAAAAGAGAUAAAUUUGUAUACUAGUGAAGGUUCCUUUCAAUAGCUCGUUGUAACUCGUUUAUUUUUACUUAAUCGAAUCGAAGUGUAUGCAACAGAGGAAAGAACACUGUUGUAUGUAACACGCCGGUAUUUUGUACAUGAGUAUGUCCGAUGACGAAAAAAUCGACUCCGGAUCAUCCUCGCUAAAACGAAUAAAUGUAAAAAAUAAAUGUAAAUUGUAUUCAUACUGUUUUCCUUGUAUCGUAAAAUUGUCAUUUCUUUGAAUGCCACUCAAAAAUUUUACUAUUCUGUUGCCCUUCGUCAAAAUCCAUUCGUCGCUAGGCAAUGGUCGUAGAGCAAAAUCGGAGGCCAAAAAAAUGCCUUUCCCGUUUGUGGUCAAGUGCGGAUAGCGACUGUUCGUGCUACUACUUGCCACCCCCAAUGCAGAUCGUUCUUCUGAACGUGCUGCAGCUUGAAUCCCACACCGAAAGCCUGAUCGAACCGGCUUCUUAAUAAUUUGCAGGUGAUUUUCAAAACAGUACGUAGAAAACCCGUUUAGUGGUCCGUAUUUCAAAACGUCCUGAACAAUGUGCUGUAGGUUAUGUACGUUACUCGUAACGUUCGUAACGUUACGUAACGUGACGACCUUAAAUCUCCCCAUACUGCUGAACAAAAGUGUUCAUAAAUUCAGCUGCACGUCCCCAAUGGUUGUGGUUGUGGCUAAAAAAUAAAGCAAGAAGUGACUAUAUGCUUUCUCGCUUAAAAAUUCCUCUAUCAGCACUGGACUGACGUAAUGAAGGUACGAUCGAAAUUCCGAACCCUUCCAAAACCGUAUCACAUCCAACCCUUUUUUUGCGAUUAAUCUCAGAGGGAAGUUGCACGGUGGUAAGGAAUUUCGAUAUCCAUUGUUUUGCUGCAGAAGACAAGUUAGGAAAACCGGGAUACAUGUUUUCAAAAAAACGUAGUAGGUGUCGACGGGUCACCCCAAGAUCGCAUGAAUGUAGGCGAUCGCUCGUUGGCACGUUCUCCACUAUGUUGAACCCCGGUAAGUCCUCUAAGGGUGAGCGCCAUAGUUGGUGAUGACCCGGACAUUCCCUAGCUCGAAAUCCUACAUCGGUUCGUACAGGUGCAACAACGGUGUCGAAAAUCAUUUGGUGUGAAUAAUAUUCCCCGACGCAGGAUACCUUGUCAAAUUGGUGAUAUCAGUUCGAAAAUCUGUAAAAAAAUUAUUAGUGCCGGUUUGGUAUGAUUCUGCGAUUACAGAAUCGGAAAACAGAAUGUUCGUGUAAAUUCUGGGUACCGUUGGUGCUACUUUCCAACGCAUUCUUCUAGCCUCGCGCAUGGUAAAACGAUUUAUGGUUUGUAUUUUUUUUAUUUCAUAUUGGUCAUUCAUAUUGGAAAUGGGUUAUAUGUUGCUAAACUUUUCCCUGCUGUUGCGCAUUCCACGACCAUGUAUUUCUAAUUUCUCUUCCGGCACUUGAAAUUCACUUAGAUCUAGUCUUUUAUUCCUUCCCUCUUUUUUGUAUUCUUUCGUCUAUCAUAUUCUAGGAUAUUGUAGAAUAAACCGAAGGUCCUACCACCAUCAGGGGUCAUCGACCACCAUCUUAGAUUUAGGAUUUUUUUCACUUUUUUAUGAACCCUAAACCACUUUUUCAAAUUCAAAUAUCAAAUUUUCAAAUUUUUGUUUAACGGUUUUAGCUUGCUCGCUCUUUGAAGUCACUGGAGACUGUCGGCUGUCAAAUGUCACUAUUGAAGGAUCGUGACGCGUCAACCGCUUUGUGCUUUUCAAAUCACAUCGAAGUAUCGACUGGAGCAGUUUGUAGGAAUUUUCCGAAAUUGCGUGGUGUUGCGUCUUUAGCUUUCGUGCAUUUCCUUUUCAAAGUAGACCAAUACCAACGGUACAAUGCAGAAUCUCGGAAUUGUGGAUCAGUGGAAGAGUAAGUGCAUGAAAAGUGUGUCAAUUUUGCAGGUAUCAGCAUUUUCUUCUUUCGCGUUUCUUCCUCUUUUCAUUACUCCCUGCAGAAAAUGUAGAUUAUUUACCGUGUAUAGUCUGCAAAAAACAAUUACGCUUUCCAUGUCCGUGGUGCACGUUGCAUUCUAAUCCCCUCGGAAGAUGCUUGGCGUUUAGACAAAAGAAUGGCGUAAGGCAUCCGUGGACACUUGUUUCACUGGCGACCACACAACUAACAUACGCAAUGGUUUCCUCUUUCAGCGAUACCGGCACUACCACUGCUCCAAAAACGAGAACGAUGGUGCUACAUCAAGCAAAAUUGACCAAUUGACAGAGCCAUAAGGGGAAGCGUCCAUCAUUUCCGAAACCUGCUAAAUCUGUUUUGCUCAAAUCCGCGAUGUAUAAAUGUUUGGUAGUUAAUAAAUCGAAAUUCGCAAUGUAUGUUGUAGUGUUCUCUGUAUUUAAUUAUGAACCAGAAAAUAUUGUAUAUUU